UUUCGAUCCAUAAUUCAAAAAAAGAAAGAAAAAAGAAAAAGUCUUUCUCUUUCGCUUUUCCCCCCCUCUCUUGUUCUGUGCACUGGUACACCACCCCAAAAACGAUCCCUCUUCCUCUCCGCCCACAUUUCCCAUCUACUAACCUACUCAUGGGUUCUCCAUGUCUGCUGCUGCUGCUUCAGUUUUGUCCCUUGUUCAGCCACCUCGCGUCGUAGCUAGAAGCUAGGAGGACGCGGUGAUUAGCUGUAGACGUAGAUGAGACCUUUCUAUCACUCCUACAAACAGGACAGCAGCUUCAAAGAGGAUUUAAGCUAGCAAACCCAAAUUUCGAAGUAGAAAAAGUAGGUUCUUCAGUUCUAACAUUGUACGUUCUAAGAAAAAUGGCUUCUGGGAUCAGACCGACGAGGUCCAGUGGCGGUGUCUCUUCCAGAUGGCUCUCCAUUUUCUGCAUCGCCAGCUUCUUCUUAGGCGUCUUUGUCGUCGACAGGUUUUGGUCUAUUCCUGAUCCAGUCAAAGUAAAUGAGGGAACUUCAACCAUGGAGCUUCAAUCCAAGUUACCACAUCCGACCGUUAAUUGUGAGAAAAAGGAGACUACUGUACAAACCAGCGAUAUUCUGUCGCAAGUUUCUCAAACCCAUGAUAUGAUAAUGACGUUAGACAAAACAAUCUCCUUGCUAGAGAUGCAGCUGGCUGCUGCAAGAGCUGCCAAAGCGGGUAGUGAAGAAGAAUCUCUUGUAAUGACAAAAUCAAGCGUCGAGCAUUUGAAGGACAGACAAAAGGUUUUCUUUGUUAUGGGUAUAAUGACUGCAUUCAGCAGCAGAAAGCGAAGGGACUCGAUUAGAGAGACAUGGAUGCCCAAAGGAGAGGAGUUAAAAAAGCUGGAAUCUGAGAAGGGUAUAAUCAUGCGUUUCGUUAUAGGACACAGUGCAUCUCCAGGUGGGGUUUUGGAUCGAGCUAUUGAUGCUGAAGAAGAACAGCAUAAAGAUUUUCUGAGGCUGAAUCACAUAGAAGGUUAUCAUGAACUGUCAUCCAAAACACAGAUAUACUUUUCAACUGUUGUGGCGAAAUGGGAUGCUGACUUCUAUAUAAAAGUGGAUGAUGAUGUACACAUAAACCUAGGUAUGGUUGGUUCCACAUUGGCACGCCAUAGAUCUAAACCUCGUGUGUACAUAGGUUGCAUGAAGUCUGGACCAGUCCUCGCUCAGAAAGGGGUAAAGUAUCAUGAACCAGAAUACUGGAAGUUUGGGGAGGAGGGUAAUAGGUACUUCAGGCAUGCAACAGGGCAGAUAUAUGCCCUUUCAAAAGAUUUGGCCACCUACAUUUCGGUCAAUCGGCACAUACUCCAUCGAUAUGCGAAUGAAGAUGUCUCGUUGGGGUCAUGGUUUAUCGGACUAGACGUGGAGCAUAUUGAUGAUCGGAGCCUAUGCUGUGGAUCACCUCCUGAUUGCGAGUGGAAGGCGCAAGCUGGGAAUGCAUGCGCGGCUUCAUUCGAUUGGGCUUGCAGUGGGUUAUGCAAGUCAGUGGAGAGAAUGGCAGACGUGCACCAGCGUUGCGGUGAAGGAGAUGGAGCAAUCUGGCACACCAGUUUCUGAGAUGCAAACUUUUGCAUCUGGGUACAUGGAUUUGUGGUUAACCUGAACAACUAACUGACUGAUUGAUCAAUCGCUGUUCAUUGAAUGACUGACUGGACCAAAUGGAAUGGAAUUCUCUUCUGCCCGGUUUUUGUGUGAUGUUCGGGCAGUUGAUCGGAGUCCAUAAUGUAUUUAUUUAUGCUAUACGAACAGAACAGACCGACUAAAAAUUGUUCGUUCAUCCAAUUUCUGGAUGUUAAUUUCACUAAUAUUCCCUCCUUCGCGAGU